AUGGAUAUGUGUAUGAUGGCCUUCAAGAAAUCAGGUGCACAUAAUUAUUAUUUGGGUUACGCCUUUAGUUUGAGGCGAAAUAUAACCAUACACAUUCUGAAAUUUAUCGUUUAUCUCUCGUUAACAUGGACAUGUUUUGCAAAUGUUUACAAAUAUCAAAGUUAUUCUCAUGUACUUUGUACUGCUAAAAAAGAUCUGGUAACACCUUCAACCGACCAACAAGUGUUAGAUGUAGUAUCGACAGCUGUCAAUCAAAGUCGACAUAUUAAAAUUUUAACAUCUCAUCAUCAUAGUAUAACGGAUAUUCUAUGUACAAAUGGUAUCGCAAUAUCAUUAACAAAUUUUCAAAAUUAUAAGUUAAAUAAAAAAAAUUCCAUAGUCACCGUUGGUGCUGGAAUGACACUUUCAACAUUUCUAGAACUGUUAGAUAAUGAUGGUUAUGCAAUAGAAAAUAUGCCCUCUUAUGGGGAUAUUACUGUAGGAGGACUAUUAGGGACAGCUGCACAUGGCUCAUCGCUAAAGCGUUCCGUGCCAGCUGAUUUGUUGGUUCGUAUAAAAGUGAUUACUGGUCAAUUACCAUUAGGAAUUCAAUAUAUUUCAAAUAAAGAUGAUCUAAAAGCAUUCAAGAGUCAUUUAGGGGCAUUAGUUUUUUCAUCACAAUUAUCUGAAGAACGUUUAUUUGAUAAUUCUGUAACAAAAAUGGCUAAAAAGCAUGAUUUAUUUUAUUUUGUUUGGUUACAUUCAGCAAAAUUAAUCAUUAUAACAACUGGUACUUAUUUGACAAAUUACUCAGCAAUAAAAGAUAAUGAUAAAUGGAAUUUAAUAACAGAUGUAAAUGCUCGACAAAUUCUCACACAAGGUUCUAUUUUCGAACAAAUUCAAGCAACAUCAAAUAAGUACUAUGCGCAAUAG